AUGUCCGCAACCCCACAACCCGCCUAUGCCGGCGGCAGCAGCAUGCAGGCCCCCAUACAGGGAACCAACGAAACCAAAUACCAAGCCUACGUGCGGUACCAGACCGACUUCACCAGCUGGGUCUGGGAUACAGUCGCCUUGCUGCAGCGGACAGGCCUGCACAAUUUCGCGUACGACCGUAGCAGCAUCUACGACCUGGAAGCGGCGGUAGAGCGCAUCGCCGACGCCCUCGACGACCCGCUGGCGAUCCCGCUGGAGCGCAUGCACUCGCUGCGGCGGGCGAUCCUGCUGCUAAGCGAGGGCGUCGACUUCUUCCACCGCGACGUGCGCACGCGCGGCGGCAGCAGUAGUAGCAGCAGCAAUGUGUCGGGUACGGGUCGCGCGCCGAGCCGCUGCGAGCUGCUUAAGAUCCUCGACGAGCACGAGGCCGCCGUCCGCAUCUUCCAGCGCAUCUUCCACCACCUGCGCCACAGCCAGCGCACCGCGCUCGCCGAGCUCGAGGCCAAAGCCAAGCUGCAGCGUCACGAAGAGAGGUGGAGGGAAAGCCACCGACAGCGUCAGCUAGCGGCUAGUAGUGGUGAUGGUGAUAAUAACAAUGCGUCGGGGUCCUCGGGCGAUGACGGCUGGUGGGAUAGCGACGUCGAGGAAGACGACCUCAACUUUAACCCGUACGAUGGCCUGGACAAGUUCCGCUUGGUCGUGACAGACGCUUGCGGCGCGGUAUCCGUCACGGAUCGAGCUUCAUCUACGACUCCUUCAACCAGGGACAUUCUGAGCAACUACUGA